UUUCGAAACAAUGAAGCUGACAUUCGUAUUUUUUGUCACUGUAUAUUUCACUGUAACCUUUCAAUUACAAUUCACCAAAAAACAGGAACAUAUCUAUGAUUUGAAAAUGGCUCCACAACUAUUCAAGGAAUUUCAAAAUCAUUACAAAAAGGUUUACACAGAGGAGGAGAAGAAAAAUAAAUAUAAAAUAUUUGUAGAUAAUUUAGUGAGAAUAAAUGCGAUUAAUCAGAAUCUUCCUGGGGCCUGGUUUGCUGUGAUUGGGCCGUAUGCUGACUUGACGUAUAUGGAGUUUAUUAAAAUGAAUAAACUUACAAAGAAAGAUUAUGCUAAUGUUGGGAGUAAUUUCAGAAACGUAAUAAAUUGCACGGACCGUCGCGGCUACCUUUUUGAAAGAUUCUCCGACAAAGUAAGAAAUGACUAUGAAUCCAAAAGCAACGCGUCCGACGAAUAUUACAGUGACGAAUACGACGUAAACAAUGGGACGAAUGCAGACAUUGAAUAUGAGGGUGUCGAGAAUGGGACGAGAUCGUCUAUGGAUCGAACAUAGCGAUGUGUAACAUACGACUAUAAUAUAC